GAGAGAGGAUCUAUGGAAGCCUGCCUCCGUGUGUGAGCCACAGAUGAGCCUUCUCUGCACUUCAGCAAGCACGUAUCUCUAGUGCCGUGCAUGCCACGCCAUUGAGCACCGCGACACCUAUCAUCGCGCGUUGCAGACAACGCCAUUUCUUCGCACACCGUGUGCCUGCACUGCGCGCCGCUUCCGCGCUUGUGGCACCCAGCACGCAGCCCAGCGAAGGGCGCGGAGUCUGGAGGUGGAAAGCGGCGAGGAGGAGGGAGGAGGCGCACGGAAACGGCGGUAGGAGGAAAUUGGCCCGCCGCGGCAUCCCGGGGGCUGCUGCGGCUCAACCGCAAUGGGCGCCGCUACUCCCGCCGCCGAGGCGGACUCGCAGUCCGCCAGUGGCGCGGGCGCUAUGGACUUCGACUGCGCGCCGAGCGCCUCACCUGCGCCGUACUUGCCGCAACCCGCCCCCGCCUUCUCGUCGCCCGGCGCAUCGCAUUGCACUCCUCCAACCGCCGGGCCCGCGGGAAGCUCGCCGCAGGGGCGCCUUCCGCUGUACGCGCGGCGGCAGGCGCGGCUGGCGGGGGCCGGAGAGAGCAGCGCGGAGUUGAGGCGCACGCGGAGCCUGGACGUGGAGCGCGCGCAGGUGGUGACGGUGGGGGGGACGGAGGGCGGCGGCGGGAGUAGCGCGGGCGUGCAGGGCUUGGGAUGGUCCGCGACAGGGACCGCCGCUGCGCUGGCGGCGGCGCACGGCGUAGGGGUUGGGGGAGAGGCGGGCGGCAAUGGCGAGGCGAGCACGGCGCGCAGGGAGAAAGGCGGAAGUGCAAGCAACAGCCGGGGCCCCCCUCUCGCCGACUCGCCCUUCGUCUCUCGUCUCUGCCGCAGUCGCCCCCCCGCCCCCUCCCCCCUCUCCUCCCUCGCCCCCCGCCGCACCGCCUCCAUGGCCGCCUCCCUCCUCUCCCCGCUCGCCCUCCCCUCCGCGCCACCCUCUCUGCCCCACGCCCACACCCCCCCUCUCCCCCCUCAACCCCCCCAACCGUCGUGCGCGGCCUGGGACGGGGUUGGGGAGAGGGGGGGGGGGCGGGAUAGAGGCGCGCGUGAGAGCGCAGUGGCGGAGGCGGCGGCGGCAGUGGCGGCAGCAGCGAGCUCCAUUGCGGCUGCGCUGGAGCAUGGGGGCGCGGGGAGGGGGGCGACAGGGCAGGGGCGAGCAGGGGUGAAAGGGGUGGGCGGGGGGAGUGAGAGCGGGGCACUGGCGGGGGAGAUAGAGGGCAUAUGGCGGGCGGUGCAGCAGCAGUUGCAAACGCACUCGCAGGGGGGUGCAGAGGGGAGAGCAGGGGGGUUGCAGCAGGGGGUGAUGGCGGGCGGCGAAGGGGGGUUGGGGGGAGACAGCCACAUGAGAGGCGGCGGGGGGGGAGGAAGAAGCAGAGGUGGGGGCGGGCGCAGGCUGCAGAAGGCUGCGAGUGCGGGCAGGGAGAGGGAGCGGGCAGGGGGAGUGCAGGGUGCGGGGUGGAACAUGGUGUGGCAGGCAGUGGAUGGCGGCGGAGAGGGGGCAGGAGAGGCGGCAGGGGAGGGGGUAGGGGAGGCAGCGAUAGGGCAGAGCAGUGAGGGGGUGAGGUUGUGUGAGGACGAGGAGGAGAAGGAGGAGCGGGAGAGGGAGGAGUGGGAGCGGGAGGAGGCCCGGAAGAAAUUGCUAGGAAGGGGAGUGAGGCAGCUAACUCGCACCAACAGCUGCCCCCCUUCUGUGCACCGCGCACAGGCUGUUGAUGUGGGCUCCGAUGCUGCCCUCGCAUGCCGCAAGCGGCGCCGACUGCCUGCUGACCCGCACGGCGCCGUGCCAGGCAUGCAUGGCCAGCCUGCACCUGACGUGCAGCCAUCUGCGUCCACCUUCUCUGCAGCGUCCGCCCCUUUCCCCGCCCACGGCCCUCUCUCCCUUGCUUCCGCUGCCACCGCCACUGCUGCUGCUGCUGCUGCAGGUGGUGGUGGUGGCAUGGGCGGGCAGGGGCCAUGGUGCAAGCAAGAGAGGGAGGUGGAGGAGGGGGAGUGUGGGAGUGGCAUUGGGGCAGAGCAGGGCAUGGUGAUGGAGAGGCAGGGCAGUUGGGGGGGGGAGGAGGCGUGGAGCGGUGAUGAGAGGGAGGGCGUGAGGGGGGGAAGCAGAAGCACGGAGGGGAAGGGGGGUGGUGCGGGAGUGGUGCAUGUGCGAGCGAGGAGAGGGCAGGCCACGGACAGCCACAGCAUUGCAGAAAGGGUGCGGAGGGAGAAGAUAUCGGAGCGCAUGAGCGUGCUGCAGAGUCUUGUGCCCACGUGCGCUAAGGUGACGGGCAAGGCCAUGAUACUGGACGAGAUAAUCAACUACGUGCGCUCGCUGCAAUUGCAGGUGGAGCUGCUAUCGAGCAAGCUAUCGGCGCUGGAGUACGACCUGGACUAUGAUGACCUCUCGUCGCACGACGGCCUCUUCCAGCUCACCCCAGAGCACCUGGUUGGCUUCCCGGUGCCUGCUGCUGCACGUGCUCCGCCAGAGGGUGGUGAGGGCAGCGGGGGUGGGGUACAGGACGAACAGGUGGUGGAUGGUGGGGACGUGGCGGUGGGGGGGAGUGAGGGAGGGCGGGUCGCGGAGUGGGGAGGGGUGGUGGUGAAGGAGGAGCAGUGGGAGGAGGUGGGCAUGUACCUGAGGGACGAUGGGGGCGGGGGCGGGGAGCAGGGGAAUGGCUAUGGUGCGUGCAAGUGGGAAGCAGAGGAGUCUGAUGUGGUAGAUAGUGGCGGGAUAGUGGGUGGAGAGGGUGGGAGCAGCAGGGGCACCGAUGGGCAGUCAGAGGGGACGGGGGACAAGGGGUGUGUGAUGUGGAAUGGGCGUGGCGCUGCCAGUGCUGCUAAUGGUGUGUACGACAGCACCGACACGUGUGGUGGUGCGAGGGCUUGUGAGUGGCCCGCCCUCUUUCCCACGGACACGGGCGCGGAUGCGGCUAUGGUGGGAGAUGGAGGCGUGGACGCGUGGUGGAAGCAUGGGCUGGACGAAGCGGCAGGGGGGGCCGGGGGCAGCGUGGGAGGGGGGGAGGUGGAUGCGGAGCAGGCAGCGGAGAGCGAGGGGCUGAUGGACAUGCUGCUGUGCCACAUGAGCGGCGGCAUGCAGCACCUCUCGCUGCAGCCACUGCCCCACACCACCGCCCCACCCACCAACCACCCCUCACUCACUCCUACUGGCCCUGCUCAUCCCAACGGCCUGUAGGGAAUGCUGACUCCAUCUCUCCCGCGCUUGCUCUCUACCACUUGUGCGGCACUCCUUGCGCUUCCUCCACCUGCAUGUGCAAGACUCUGCAUGGCUUACCCCCCACACACCACAUGGAACCAGCUCUGCUUGCACUGAGACACACGUUAGGCACAGUGCACUCACGCCCUCACUUGCGCCAACAUGCGCCUGCCCCAUUCAUGGGCUGGGCUGCUGCACCGUGCAGAGCCACAUAUUUUGUGGGGGUGGUGCUGGCUCAAUGACUGCCAGAAAUGGUGUCACAGCUGUGCAUGUGGGACUGCGGCCCAGGGUAUUGGAUUGGAACUACCAUGUGCUUGCUGGCCAGCAAGAGAACCACUGUGCUUGCAUGGAAGCAGGGCUACUGCAAGGCCCCGCUAGUGUUGUGUUCACUGUGCUGCACUAGGAGUGCUGUUGGCUGCCGCUUGGAUAGGAUCACAG